CAGCCGGCCAAGAUGCCAAAAGGGAAGAAGGCCAAGGGGAAGAAGGCGGCUCCAGCCCCUGCUGUAGUAAAGAAGCAGGAGGCCAAGAAAGUAGUCAAUCCUUUGUUUGAGAAGCAGCCCAAGAACUUUGGCAUGGGUCAGGACAUCCAGCCCAAAAAGGACCUUACUCAAUUUGUCAAAUGGCCUCGGUACAUCAGACUGCAGCGUCAAAGUUCUAUCCUUUAUAAGCGUUUGAAUGUCCCACCAGCAAUUAAUCAGUUUACCCAGGCUUUGGAUCGUCAGACAGCUAUUCAACCACUGAAAAUGACUCAUAAGUAUAGACCCAAGAUAAAGCAAGAUAAGAAGCAAACGCUUCUGGCUCAGGCUGAAGAAAAGGCUGUAGGCAAAGGAGAUUUCCCCACCAAGAGACCACCUGUCCUGAGAGCAGGUGUUAACACUGUUACUACCCUGGUAGAAAACAAGAAAGCACAGUUGGUAGUGAUUGCACAUGACAUGGAUCCCAUUGAGCUAGUGGUCUUCCUAUCUACCUUGUGCCAAAAAAUGAGGGUUCCUUACUGUAUUAUCAAAGGUAAAUCCAGCCUGGGUCUCUUAGCUCACAAGCAUUGCCUUCACACAGGUUAA